GGGCGGCGCGCCGGGAGCCCGGAGCCCGGCCUUGCGCUCGGCUCGGCUCGCCUCGCGGCGGGCGCCCUCGUCGCCAGCGGCGCACCAUGGACGGGCUGCCCGGUCGGGCGCUGGGGGCUGCCUGCUUUUUGCUGCUGGCGGCCGGCUGGCUGGGGCCCGAGGCCUGGGGCUCGCCCACGCCCCCGCCGUCGCCCGCCGCGCCGCCGCCGCCGCCCCUGCCGCCCGGAGCUCCCGGCGGCUCGCAGGACACCUGCACGUCGUGCGGCGGCUUCCGGCGGCCCGAAGAGCUGGGCCGGGUGGACGGCGACUUUCUAGAGGCGGUGAAGCGGCACAUCUUGAACCGCCUGCAGAUGCGGGGCCGGCCCAACAUCACACACGCCGUGCCCAAGGCCGCCAUGGUCACGGCCCUGCGGAAGCUGCACGCGGGCAAGGUGCGCGAGGACGGCCGGGUGGAGAUCCCGCACCUCGACGGCCACGCCAGCCCGGGCGCCGACGGCCAGGAGCGCGUCUCCGAGAUCAUCAGCUUCGCGGAGACAGAUGGCCUGGCCUCCUCCCGGGUCCGCCUGUACUUCUUCAUCUCCAACGAGGGCAACCAGAACCUGUUCGUGGUGCAGGCCAGCCUAUGGCUCUACCUGAAGCUGCUGCCCUACGUGCUGGAGAAGGGCGGCCGGCGGAAGGUGCGGGUCAAGGUGUACUUCCGGGAGCAGGGCCCCGGCGAGCGCUGGGCCGCGGUGGAGAAGCGCGUGGACCUCAAGCGCAGCGGCUGGCACACCUUCCCGCUCACCGAGCCCAUCCAGGCCCUGUUCGCGCGGGGCGAGCGGCGGCUCAGCCUGGACGUGCAGUGCGACGGCUGCCGGGAGCUGGCCGUGGCGCCCGUGUUCGUGCACCCGGGCGAGGAGUCGCACCGGCCCUUCGUGGUGGUGCAGGCGCGGUUGGGCGACAGCCGGCACCGCAUCCGCAAGCGGGGCCUGGAGUGCGACGGCCGGACCAACCUGUGCUGCCGGCAGCAGUUCUUCAUCGACUUCCGCCUCAUCGGCUGGAACGACUGGAUCAUUGCGCCCACCGGCUACUACGGGAACUACUGCGAGGGCAGCUGCCCGGCCUACCUGGCGGGGGUGCCCGGCUCGGCCUCGUCCUUCCACACGGCCGUGGUGAACCAGUACCGCAUGCGGGGGCUGAACCCGGGCACCGUGAACUCCUGCUGCAUCCCCACCAAGCUGAGCACCAUGUCCAUGCUCUACUUCGACGACGAGUACAACAUCGUCAAGCGCGACGUGCCGAACAUGAUCGUGGAGGAGUGCGGCUGCGCCUGAGGGCGGGGCUCAGACGGUCCCGCGGCGGGGGGCACGCCGUGCGCGGCAGGGGGGCCGUGGUGGUGCAGCUGGGCUGCCCGGGAGGUGCCCGGGGGAGGCCUGAGAUAUUUUCCUACUUCUUCAUCCAGCCAUCAGUCAAAAGCGGAGGGAGAACCCUCCACGGAUAUGGCAGACUCGACAGUGCGCACGUGGACGCGCACAGCCGGUGGCACCCUGCCACCUACACAGCAGCCUCCGCGAUAGCAGCGAACGGAUGCGGUGACAAAGGGCAGCUCAGCCCCAAACGCCUGUCACCCGGAGAGUGGGGUGAGCAGCCACCAUCCCCACCAGCUGGCCUGGCCACUCUGAAUCGCGCCUUCCGAGCACACAGAAGAGCACAAAGACAGAGACACAGAGAGAGAGAGAGGGAGGGAGCCCCGCAGAGGAGCAGCAGAGGCGGAGGUGGGGAGCGGGCCGCGGGCGAUGGCCGCGUGUCCCCCGUCGCCUGUUCAGGGCCCGCCGUGCCGCGGCAUCUCUUGGCUCCAACGCAUGGGCUUCGUUCCCCCGCCUGAGAUCCUUCCUGCUGCGGCACCAGGGCAGCCCCCAUCCUUUUCCACCCUUGGAGAGGGAAGGAGGCCCAGAAAGGACAUCACCUGCCGGAGACGGUGGGGCUGUGGCAGUGACCGUUUGACUGUUGCUUGGGUCCCUGCCUCGACUUCUCUGUGUGUGUGUGUGUGUGUGUGUGUGUGUGUGUGUGUGUGUAUGUGUGUGUGUUUUGGGGGU